AUGGAUUGCUUAAGAGAUAACUUCUACGAUGGCUUGGUUCUCGACGGCCGGUUCCAGACCGUCUCGCCUUUGAACCAUGGCUCUUUUGGCAUGGUUUUCCUGGCGAACGACAUGCUCACUGGCGAGAAUGUUGCCAUCAAGUGCCUCACCAAGAAGUCUGCCGCCAAAGACGUUCAGUCCAGCUUUGCCAUCGAUGAGAAGUCCGAGGAACUGGCUUGCCACAACAUUCUCGGCGAUCACAAGAACACUGUCAAUCUCAUUCAUUCUUUCGAGACGGACAACCACGUCUACCUCGUCCUAGAGUUUUGCUCCAAUGGCGAUUUGUACGAAGCUAUUCGCACUGGUUGCGGCCCACUAGAAACUGAGCACGUUCGGGAUUUCAUGAUCCAGUUAAUCGAUGCGGUUGAAUACAUCCAUUCCAAGGGGAUGUACCACCGUGACAUCAAGCCCGAGAACAUCUUUCUCAUGAAAGAUGGCAGCAUGAAGCUUGGCGACUUUGGGCUGGCAACCAAGGACACUUGGUCAUACGAGACUACUGUUGGUAGUGACCGCUACAUGGCCCCAGAACAAUAUGACUCAGCUGGCGCUGGAUAUUCGCCAGCUCAGGCCGAUAUCUGGGCCAUCGGCAUCAUUUUGCUUAACAUUUUGUUUUCUCGCAACCCCUUUACGACACCAACUGAAGCCGACCCACUUUUCCUCGACUUCUCACGGGACAACCAAGCACUCUUCGAUGUCUUCGCGGACAUGUCCCAGGACACUUUCGAAGUCAUUCUUAACUGCAUGAGCUUGGACCCCAAGAAGCGUUCCCUCCAAGGCGCUCGUGAUGCCAUCGACCGUGUCGUCAGCUUCACCGUCUCGGACGAGCUCGAGGAUGACUACCACACCAUCUCUCGCAAGCCCAUUGCCAGUGCCAACCGCGAGCCUCUCCGCACACCAACCAUCAAGACGCCCCAGAUCGAACCCUCCAGCGCCUUCCCAUGGGCGAAGGCCUUGCAUGCCAGCCCACCUGAGCCAAUCCGCCAACUGUCCAUCCCGGACACGGAGAGCUACACCGAGGACCUGUUCCCCAAGUCCGAGGAAAGCACCAAGGAUUGGUUUUCAAUCGGCGCCCAGACUUCUUCGAUGGCAUCUGCUAUGAACUCGUCGCUUGGAGGCUCUGUUUUCUCAUUGGCUAACAGCCGUCCCAUGAUGAAGAGGUUCUCUUACUUGGCACCCAUCUCUGGCUCUCUGCCAAUCAACGUUACGAAGCAAAAGGCUAUGCCUUCUGUCUUCGGCAAGAAGGAGAUGGUUUCCAAGAGCUGGAGCGACAUGUACGAUGAGGAGUUUGAAGAGGAAGAGCAGGAUCAUCAAUUCAGCAGACAGGCCCAGAACGCUCGCACCUUCAGCCACGACGAGAUCAAGCUCGAAGAGGAUGAGACUGCUGCACAGUUCAGCGAUGACGAGGAGGAGCUUGUACUUUCAACCAAGAGCUCUUCAGAUGUAAAUACCAAACCAACUGUCAACGAAGUCGAGUCCGACCAAGAGAAUAUCAGCGAUAUCGAUGGCGACAAUGUCAACGAUGGAUUCUUCUUCCAGAAUUCAUCAGCCAAGAAUUCAGCGGAGCUGUACUCUCCACCAUGCAAGCGCAAGUCGAACCCCCUGGACAAAUGGGCCGCACUUGGUGCUCGUCGCCGAGCAUACACUGGACACAGCGCGGAGAAGGGCCCGGAGAUUUGGCGCGGUAAGCGAUCUGUAGGAAUGGCAUCAUCAGCAACAACUGCGAGCUCCGGAUUCGGAGCUCUAGGCGUUUUGGAUUACAAGCCGGCGGCGACCGGCAAUGCGCACAAGGCAAAGGAUGCAUCCUGGCUACGCAAGGAUACUCAUCACACACCAAUCUUUUCGCGAACGACGGCAGUAUAUCAUAACCGCACACCUGCUGGGGAGCAAGAGAAUGUAGAUCAUACUGCCAGGGAGGUUUAUUGCAAGGAUAACCUCGGAGACCUCGAGUGGGUUGGGGGCUGGGGCGACAGUGUCGCCGGCCUCCAAUUGUAG